AUGGCUGUGCCUUGCAACGAGAAGGACAAUCUUGCGCGCUGCGAGAAACAUUUGGAGGACGCUCCUGAUACUGAAACCUCCGCUGUGCCGCCAUUGGAUAUCAAUGCACCUCAAUAUGAUCUAAAUGUGCCGUCUGAGGAGGAACUGGCAACUUUACGACGCGUCGGGAGCAAAAUCAACAGUACGGCAUGGAUAUAUCUCUGCGGAAUCCUGUUGCUUCUUCUUACUUCUAUCCCACAGGCACUAGAUGCAGGAGCUGGCCUAGGGGGCCUUAUUGGGUCGUUUAUUUUGAUAGGGCUUGGUGUUGGAGGGGUGAAAUCGAGUGUUGCGCCUUUUACAGCCGAUCAGAUACGUGGAGACCAGAAACAUAUUGCCGUUCUCGAGACAGGUGAACGUGUCAUCGUGGACCAUGAGCUGGCUGUGAGACGGGUCUACAGCAUCUUUCACUGGUGUACGAAUGUCGGUGCACUUUCUGGCCUGGCGAGCACUGCGUUAGAGAAAUAUCUCGGUUUCUGGACAUCAUUCCUGCUUGCACUAGUCGCACUUGCUUCUGGGACCCUGAUUCUCAUCCUAGGACGUGGAAGAUACUACCAGCGAAAACCUGAAGCCAGCUUUCGCGCCAAACUCUUGAGUGCCCUGGCCUGUGCAAUCAAGGGAGGGUUCAAUCUUGAUGCUGCUCAACCGGAAGCUCAACUCGAAAAACAUGGCCGGACCGUUCCUUGGGACAAUCAGUUCAUUGAAGAUCUCCGGCAAGCGUUAAAGGCUUGUAGAGUUUGGGCCAUGUAUCCUAUUAUAUGGCUAUGCUAUGACCAAAAUCAGACCAAUCUCGUAUCUCAGGCCGGCCAAAUGGUAACUUAUGGUAUCCCAAACGAUGCAUUGGCCAGCUUGAACCCCAUUUGUGUUUUAAUUGCUGUACCAAUGUUCGAAAGCUAUCUCUAUCCUUACAUGCACAAGUUCAAUCUCCCAUCUCGGGCAACCGUUAGGAUGUCGAUUGGGUUUGCUCUAACCGCAGCCAGUAUGGCUAUUGCAUCAGGCGUACAACAGGUAGUAUACAAUGCGCCGCCCUGCUAUAACAUGCCCCUAGAAUGCCCAGCGUCGGAGAAUGGAAACAUACCCAACCAAGUGAGUGUAUUCUUACAGGUACCAAUAUUCGUUACUGGUGCGAUGGGCGAAGUGCUAUGGCUAGUGGCUGGAUCUGAAUACGCAUACAACAAGGCAGCGUCGCACAUGAAAUCAACCCUACAAGCCUUUACGAUAUUGACGGCCGCUCUGAAUUCCGUUCUGGGGCUUGCGGUUGCCCCUGCCGCCCAUAAUCCAAACCUAACGAUCUUAUUUGCAUCCAUCGCCGGGGCAAUGGGCGCUACUACGGUUGCCUUUGGUCUAAUAUUCUGGAAAAGUGAUUGA